AUGGGCGAAAAAGAAUCUGCCGAUCCCAAAUUUAGUGGACCUAUAAAUAAUGUAACGACACCGGUUGGACGUGAUGCGACUCUCACUUGCAUCGUACACGACUUGAUGUCUUUCAAGCUUGCGUGGCUAAGAGUGGACACUCAAACCAUUCUCAGCAUACAAAACCACGUCAUUACGAAAAACCAUCGCAUAGGCAUUAGUCACACAGAGCACCGUAUCUGGCAAUUGCGUAUAAGAGAUGUUCAAGAAUCAGAUCGAGGCUGGUAUAUGUGUCAGAUAAAUACCGAUCCGAUGAAAAGCCAAGUCGGCUAUUUGGAUGUGGUCGUGCCACCCGACAUAAUUGACUAUCAAACCAGCCACGACAUGACUGUGCAGGAGGGACAAAACGUGACUCUAAUAUGCACUGCUACAGGAUUGCCAAUACCCACGGUCACUUGGCGUCGUGAACGCGAUGUUCCGUUGUUACAGACUGCCGAUGGAACUGACAUUUACAGCAUUGACGGUACAAAUUUGACGCUGUGGCAGGUGACAAGAGAAAGUAUGGGCGCAUAUUUGUGUAUAGCUUCGAAUGGUAUACCACCGACUGUGAGCAAACGGGUACUACUUGCUGUUAAUUUUGCACCCACCGUUUGGACGCGCUACGACACCAUAUAUGCGGGUUUCGGUCAAAAGGUUACCCUCGAGUGCAUUUCCGAAGCUCACCCUACGACUGUUAAUCUAUGGUUGAAAGGCAAGGAAUUUGUUCAGAGCGGCACCUAUGAAUCCGUUACUUUGGAUAAUGUUUUCAGAAUUGUUAUGCGUUUAACUAUACGUCCCGUUGUUUCAAAAGAUUUUGGGGAUUAUCACUGUGUGGCGAAAAAUUCGAUGGGUGAAUCGGAACGCAUCAUAUCUGUUAGACACAAAUCCAAAAAAAGCGUCCAUCAUACACACCAGGAUGGAAAAGAUAGUCACUUGAUUUUAAUUGAAGAAUACACCUCUCUUGCAACAUCAGCGUCCUUACAUGUCAGCAGAAUUUUAAUAUUUUUAACAAUGACCUUUUGGAAACUGUAA